AUGUCGUACGGUGCCGCGGCGAACCCCUCCUCGGUCCCAGCGUCCUUUGUAGCCAAAAAGUCCCAGAUCCUCUCGCACCUCGACCAGCCCGAGGGCACGUACACGGACAAUUCGCCCAAGGGGACGGUGGACGCGCAGAUCCGCGACUUGAUCGACGAGAUCAAUCGGUAUGACGGGCUCGUGACGACGAGCAGCUGCGCGGGCAGAGUUGCCGUGUUUGUCGAGGGGCCGGGCGGAAGGAGAAGUGGUCGUGGGGGCGCGAACAGGCGCAGAGAUGUAGGUGAGGAUGUCGGGGAGAAGUGGGAGAUGCGGGAUAGUGAGCGUGAGGGAAGGGGAGAGAGGCAGGUGUCAAGCGCGGAGGCGGGUGUCAAGGGGAAGCAGGCUGAGACGACGUCGACGCCGACGUCCACAUCGCCUGGUGGGAAAGGGGGAGGACGCUGGCUUUACGUCUCGCAUGAUCCUCUUCCCGUUCCCAUCCCUCCAGACGGAGUCAAUAGUACCAGUGCGACCGGAGCAACGACAGGUUUCUCGGCAGCACACGACUCGGAUGAUCAAGACUCCUCGUCUUACUUUUCCAGACUCUUCCAGCUCGCCAACCCGUCGUCGUCUGCAUCCUCACCCUCACUCUCACCCUCAUUCACAUUCUUCUCCUCCGCGCGACAACCGCCCCGUCUAAUCCAUUUGUCCUUCUCCCCACUCAUCCUGCACAUCCUCUGCGCCACGCUGCGCCAUGCCCGCCCUCUGCUCACCGCGGCAGUCAACGCCGGGUUCCGCGAGAGCGGGGUGCAGAGUCUGCGCGGCGUGCUGGAGGAAAGCUCCGAGCAGGAUCAUCAACAUGGCGUGAUGGUCGCCGUGAGGACCGCCGGGUUGGUGUUCGAGACCGUCGUGGGCGUUGCGCUCCCCCCACCGGGCUGCCACGCUGGUGGUGAGGAGAAGAGUAUGGUGACUGAGGAAGGCGAAACCGACAGGGACGUGAUUCAAAGGGUCGUCAGCGAAGAGUACCUCGGCCUGUGCGCCAGGGUGGUCAACGAGCGGUUCCAAUGGAAUCUCGAGCGGCGGGAGCGGUUUCGACGCGAGUUGAAGAGCGCGAUGGAGAGGGAUGGUCUGGGUUCGGGUCCCGAGACGCUGCAUCCUGGCUGGGAAGAUAAAGAGGAGCGACGAAGACGGAAAAGAGAGGAGGGGCUCCAGAGGCAGAGGGUGAUGAUGAACAAGGAAAAUACUGAAAGGGACAACACGGCGAGGCAAGGAAAUAACCAUGACGAGCUGGAUCAGGGUCUCUCAACGCUCGAGAUAGAUUGA